UUUAUGCGUUUUUGGACAGAUUUUCAUAGUUUUAUUUACAUGCCAAUAGAUGGCUCCUCCGGUAGCUAAGAAAGAAACCAAAACAACACAUUCGCUAUAAAAUUUAGAGAGGGAGGAUGGGGAAAACUGAGUUUUUUUCUUUUUUAGUAUAGGAAAUUAUAUUUUUCAGAGGUGAGCCAGUAAUGUCGUCCUGACGAACAUUAACCUCAAACUCAACCGUCUACAUAUGUCUAACUCUCCCUUACCAUAAUACUGGAUCUUGCCUAAGUUUGAACGAUGUUUAUGAUUCAUUCCGUGGUUUGUUUAAGUCUGUUUCCGGUUUACGAAGGAAGACGGUGCAAUUGUAACAGACAGCUUGCCUCUACGGUUGUGGACGGUGGUGUGUGAGAGGUUAUUGCACUCAUUAAUUUGACGUGAAGUACACUGUCAUAACUGUUUGGAAUGUUGGUGGUUGAAAUAACUUAGUUUGUGUGGUGUCUUAGGCGCUAUUAUCUUAACCUUAUGUCAUUCAGAGAAACGAAAUUGUCAUUUACAGGAUACUAAGCUAAAAUGAUAAUCUAAAAAACCGGAAGCACACAUCCGACCAAUUGAUUUAUGACCACAGGUGCUGUCAUAAAACUGGAGGAUGUCAAGCAGUGGAGCUGGAGAUUUGGAUGUACUGGAGACAGCUGGUAACACAGUUAGGUCAGGUCCACCUAGAUCAUGGGCUCGGCUGCGGACUGUAGUGCACGAACUGAGACGACAACUUUCGUCACUUUCAACUGCAGUACCAUCACAGAUCUCAUUCAGGCCUUUACCAGACGGCCGUACUCGGAUAUACUUUCUGGGCACACCAAAGCGUGGUUGGGAGACAGCGCUGCUCUAUGCUGAUGCUGGUCCUGGCCCUGGUCCUCCUCCGGGCCCUUACGCUUUGCCCUGGCAGCACGCUGUCGAAGGCGGCUUUCCCAGGGGUAUAGCAACAGGAGCAGGCCGCUCGCGUGAGGAACAGUUGUUGUGGGAGCGGCGCAGGCUUGCUUCAUUUGGUGUAGCAUCGUACGAAUUGCACCCUGCCUCUGGGAAGAUCAUUUUUCCUGCUGGUGGUAGCCUCUUCCAGUGUUUGGACACUGGUUUCUCGAAUGGUCCUCUAUUUCCAUCCGAGCUACGAAUGAAUCCUUGUGGUGCAAAAUUAAAUCCUAUGAUAUGCCCAACCAAUCCAGACCUUGUUGCAUAUGUUUGUCACAGUGAUAUUUGGGUUACACAUGCUGUUACAGGUGCUACAAACCGACUGACGUUUGCACAUAAGGGUGGACGUACUUUGGCUGAAGAUCCACUUAGUGCCGGCAUUCCUUCAUAUGUCAUGCAAGAGGAGUUCAGUCGUUACCAAGGGUAUUGGUGGCAGCCCAAGACGACAGAUGGAAUAUACAGGAUAGCGUAUGAAGAAGUUGAUGAAAGUGAUGUUAAAAUAUAUUGCUUCCCAUCUUCAACUUCUCAUUUAGGAGAUUUUGAGGAAUAUAGGUUCCCUCGUGCUGGCACAGCGAACUCCAAGUCAAACCUCAAAAUGGUUCAAUUUAAGGUCAAUGAGAAUCACCAAAUCUAUGAUGUGAAUGUCCUUGAGUUGCAGUACCCCUUGUGUGUUUUGUUUCCCUGGAUGGAGUACUUAGUUCGUGUAGGUUGGACACCCAGUGGUGAUUAUGUGUGGGCUCAGUUGCUAGAUCGCCGGCAGCAGCGUCUUGAGCUAGUCCUUUUAUCUGUGGAUAACUUCCUAGAACCUCCACCAAAUGUUUAUAGUAUAGACAAACCACCAGCUGCACCAAGCCCUGCAGUUAGAGUGAUCUACACACAGCACUCGGACAUAUGGAUAAAUGUAAAUGAGUUACUUUAUUUUUUUCCGACGAAUGAGGAUAGUGAAGUACGAUUCAUCUGGGCUAGCGAGGAGACUGGUUUUCGGCAUUUGUACUUUAUUACAGCCCACGUGAGUGGCGUAUCUAAUGGAAUUGAUGAUGCACUCGAUACUAUUGAAAAUACAUUCCUGCAAGCACGUGUCAGCCAAAAAAUUGCUCUUACAUCUGGUGACUGGGAAGUGCUGGGUCGCUCCAUUUGGGUUGAUCCAGAUAGGCAACUAGUAUACUUCCUUGGUUUGCGUGAGUCACCUCUUGAGAAGCACCUUUACGUUGUGUCACUGAGACGUCCUGAUGAAGUGCGGUUGCUUACCAGACCAGGAUAUUCUUACACAGUUGACUUCAACAAGGAAUGCACUAUGCUUGUGGCUGUUUAUAGCAACAUUCAGAAACUUCCAGCCUGUCAAGUAUUUAGAAUCAGCCACACAGACUGGACAGUAGAAGGUGUAACACUCACACCAGUUGGAUACCUUCUAGAACCCUCAGUGCCUGAGGCGAACUUCCACUACCCCGAGCUAUACACCCACAAGAUUUCUUCAGGAGACCUGCUUUAUGCCAUGGUGUUCAGACCACACAAUUUUGAGCCAGGUGUGAAAUACCCAACAGUUCUAAACAUAUAUGGUGGACCAGAAGUACAGCUUGUUUCAAAUACUUUCAAGGGCAUGCGCCAGUUACGGAUGCAUAUGUUGGCAUCACAAGGUUACUGUGUUGUGGCUGUAGAUUCACGCGGCUCACAGCACAGGGGUCUGCUCUUUGAAAGUCACCUCAAGGGCCGAAUGGGUACUGUAGAAUUGGCAGACCAGAUUGAGGUACUGCUGUGGUUAGCAGAUACUUUGGGUUAUAUCGACACCAGUCGUAUUGCUAUCCAUGGCUGGUCUUAUGGCGGUUACCUGAGUCUUAUGGGGCUUGCUCAACAUCCUGAUAUUUUCAAGGUUGCAAUAGCAGGAGCUCCAGUGACUUCAUGGGCACUUUAUGACACUGGUUACACAGAGCGUUAUAUGGAUCUUCCAGAGAAUAAUCAGCAGGGUUACAAGCAGGGUUCUAUCCUGACCUAUGUAAAUCAGUUUCCUGAUGAGGAAAACAGGCUGUUGAUUAUACAUGGACUUAUUGAUGAAAAUGUCCAUUUCUUCCACACAAGCCAGCUAAUAAGUGCCAUGAUCAAAGCUGGAAAACCAUAUCAGCUGCAAGUUUACCCAAAUGAAAGACAUAGUUUGAGAGAUUUAGAUGCCAGCAAACACUAUGAAACAAUGCUCCUUUCAUUCCUGGAAAACUAUCUGUAGUACUGUUGUGCAAGAUAACUUACUAUUCUACAAACCAAUAUGGUUUGGUUUGGCCUAUAAGAGCUUAAUUGAGAUUGCAUCUGCUCGACUGUGGAAAUGGCAAGAGGGCCUUUUUUGAUUAAUGGCUGAACAUUUUGCACAUGACAGCAGAAAUUUGCUUCACGGUGUUCAAGAUGUGUUCAUGUAAGGUGUUGUACAUGUGUGUGUAUGUGUGUAAAUUUCAUGAGGUAUUGUUCAUAUGGACUGUUGCACAGUUCUGAGGUUCUGUGAUCCCCACCCUCCCUCACUCUUACUUUUUUCUAAUGCAGUCUACAGUCUGUAGAACUCGUGACUUUUUUGAAACAAAUAGUGUAGAGGUAUGAUAACAUGCCAGGGAUCUCCUAUUUAUUGUUUUAAAUUUGUAUUUAAUUUUCAUGAGUUGAGUUUGGACCUUAACUUUUCUGCUGUGAAAUGGACUGUUGAUUAUGUAAUUUUGCUGUGGCCAUUUGAGGGGCUGUUAAACUAUUUAGUUUGUAAGUAAAUGCAUCAGUAUCAUCAGAUUAGAUCUUUUUUCUGUUAAUUCAUUGUUUUUGAUCUGGUGAUAUGCUGUUUUAACAGACUAUUAUUUGAAGAUACUUGUUGAGCAUUUUAAAUCUGUAUUAUUUUUGACAAUGAAUGAUCCAUAAUUGAAUUACACACAGUAUUUGUAUAUUUUGAGAAUUUUAAUGAAGUGUAAGCCAGAUCAGCAUUAUUCAUACUGUCCUAAAGAGUCAUAAUAAAUGUAUUUCUUGUGUAAAAUACAUUUUACAGUAUUAACAUACAAAAUAACUGCCAAUAUUCUUAUGUAAAUUAGUAUAUUGCAUUAUUGUUUCUUAUAUUAUCUCUAGUGGUUAAAAUAGCAAUACAACCUGCAGCAAGAAUAUUCUUAUUCUUAGAAGGAAGCUUGACUGUUGGUAAUGCCUUCUGGAGCCAGAACAUUGCUAGAAUAGUAGAAGUAAAGUGGAAGAAACAUGCAAUAUAGCCCAGUCAGAUGGAACCAAGAGAAUAUUUGCAUCCAAUUUCCAUUUUGUAACUCAAUUCGUACAUAAAUAUCACAGUUAAUGAGAUGUACAGAAGCUCUUAAAACUUUCAUUAUGGCACUGUAUUUUCUGUGUCAAACUUGUGAUAUAUGAAGUGGCAAAGAACGGAAAUUGUGUAAUUUUGUCAUGAAGCAGAGGAAUAAAAUGAAUUAUUGUUAUAGCUCAA